AUGGCCGCUGUGGUCCAAACCAUUUCCCAGCAGCCCAACCCCGUCGUGAUCCUUCAAACAAGGCCAAACGCAAACAAGAUGCCGAGCUCAUCUCAAUCUUCAGCUACCCUCUCGUAUGGGUCAAGCUCGCAACGACCUGGCCCACAAGUGACAGCCCCUGGCCAAUCUUCCUACCGUGGCACUUCGACCCCAAUUCAGCCGUAUGCCUUCACCUCAACACCAACUGCGGCAACUGCGACACAGUGGCAGCAACAGCAACAGCAGUAUGGGGUCUACAGAGCACCAGCUGCUUCACCACCUGCAGUAAGCCAGCAACAGCCGAUGAGCCAGAAUGUUGGAUCCUCGGAACAACAACCGACCUUUGCUCAAGUCGCUUCUUCCAAAGCAUCGCCGGAGCGAUACAGGCGACCUGUAGCACGAUACACCGACUCGUCGCCCAGCGUACUGCAGACAAACCUUGUGCCGAGCCUUCCCACUACAUCGACUCCCACCAAUGCUACUGUUGUGCAUCUUUACAACCCACGAGUUGUCGCAGACCGAGCUGGGGCAAGUUUUGGCCAGCCUCGACCGCACAGUGCAUAUGGCUCCGUCAUGCCAGGGGCAUCGUUUGAUGACAUGCAGCUCGACCGACAGCGCAGUGAUGAGGCACAGAAGCGAUUCCGCCGCCGAAGCAUGCACACUAUUGAUUUCUCUGGCUACCCUAGUCCAAUGACGCCUCAACAGCUCAUGCAAGCCGAAGAGAUGAGACGUGCAAGUGCUAGCAAGAGGCUGAGCUUCAGUGGUAGCAGCAACCUGGAAAAUCAGCAUAAGAAUAUCUCCCGAGUUCUGUCAGUUCCAGCUGUCGAGAAGACCAGUGCGCAAGCUCGCAACGCCAGUGCAGAAAGUCUUGUAUCCAGCCGCAGCAGCAACUCGCGACCAUCCUCCUCUACCAACCGACACUCCAACGGAACAGCCCCCACAAUGAGCCCCGCCUCAACUUCAUCAAACUCGUCUGGAGAUUCGUCGACAAACCACGAUCACGCUCCCAAAAUCGUCAAUGUUCCCGCUCGCAGCUCGUCGUCGGAUGUUGGCAAACGUAUCGCAACCCCCUCACCACUCUCUAAGCCGGUCAACAUGGCUCCAGAGCCAGCCCCGGCGGCGACAGUGACGGACACCCCCGCCAAAACAGCCACUGCCUCUGCCGCAACACCUGCUCCUAGCCCAGCCGCUCAGCAGUUGGCCGCGAUCAACGAGAAAGGUGGCAAGUCUAAGAAUAAGACAUCUCGCCUGCGACGCGCAUUCUCGUUUGGAAGCGCUGCUGAAUUGAGGAAGGCGACAGGACAAGACGUCACGCCAGAUGACAGCAAGGAGACAGGCGCCCAAGUGCCUGGGAAGGCACAGAAUGAGCCGGUGACAGAUGAUCCAUACGAGGCCGAGCAGGCCCGAAUUGCCCAGAAGCAGGAAGAGGGCGGCAUCGGAAGCAGUAUCUAUUCGGGCACCAAACUGUUCUCCAACUCAACCGAUAACCUUUCGAUUUCAUCAACGGCGUCUUCCGCGUCGAUAAUGUUGCGCAAGAUGGGUCGUGGCAUGAAGAAGGGUGGUCGAUCGCUCAAGGGACUGUUCAGACCAAAGUCUGUCAUUGGGGUCCCCAGUAGUGACGCUGUGGUCAAUGAUGCCAGCCGGCCAGCAGUCACCAUGGUAACAGUAGAGGCUGAAAGAGACCGGCCUGACACUUCUGGUGGCACUCACAUUCAGUACAACGGCUCGUCGUUGCGCCCACGAAACGACAAGAACCUCCUCGACGUUGGAAAACCUGAUGAGCGCCUUGGGAGUUCUGGUACUGAUACUUCCGCCCCACGGAAGAGCAUUGUCGGUGGAGAAAAGGAACGCGCCGAGGUCCUUGCCACAAUUCGAAAGGGCAUCCUCAAAUCACGCGGCGAUUCGCCGAGCCCCUCGCCGAGCACCCGAGACGUUAAAGGGCCAACUUUCAACCUUCCAGCCAUCCCGAACGUGAGCGACUCCCCCAACUCCAGUGCCCCCAGCACUCCCACCGAGGAUGGCCACAAACGGGCCGGCUCGAUCGCCAUCGGCAGCGAGGACUACUUUGUGUCCGCCUUGCGCCUCCGGCAGGACACCAAGAGCGCCCCUGUAACCCCGGCUGGCACUUAUCCGAAGCGCAAUGCCACUUUCAGCCCGCGCAUUGUCUUCUACGACACCUUCCCUCCAGCAGAGUAUGACCGCCGCGGUGAGAUAGCCACGUGCAACCGCUUGACGCCUUUGUUGGCGCAGCAGAUCAGGGAGGAACUCAACAGCUUCAAGAUGGAAAUGGAGGUGCAUGAGACAUCCAAGAUAUACACGCAUUUCUUUUAA